AUGCAGUGGUCACGCUCAUUCCGCGGCAGCGCGAUCAGUCCGCACGAUGAUGUAGACGUAGAUGACGUAUUCUUCGCUCCACCAUCGAUGAUGUCACCAUUAAAUCAGCAGCACCACGACGAUGGGGACGGUGCUGAUGGGCCCAAAGGCGCUCGGUCGCCGAUCGUUUCGGGCGGUGUGGAGUACAGGAGGCCGGAAAGGAGUGUCUCCUGGGGUGCGGGGGGCGCGCGCAUCCAUACACCCAUGCUAGAACCGCUGGCCGACAACUCGAAUAGGAGGCAAUUUGGCAUGGGCAUUGUCGGCAGAUUCUUCCGCCGCUCACUACGUAAAUCAAUAACGCGUCACGAGGAAGUGGCGCAACAGUUGGAUGAGCUGACUGACUACCGACCGUACUUCACAUGGUGGGUGAGCACCGUGCAAACGCUGGUACUGCUGCUUUCGUUGCUCUGCUACGGCUUUGGACCCGUGGGCUUCGGUAGACACACGCAUUCCGGCCAGGUGAUGGUCAAAAGUCUCAGCUUGCAACAGGUGGAGUGGGAGGAACCUGCUUCAUUCUGGCUUGGACCGAGGGCGGCAGAUCUUAUACAUUUAGGGGCUAAGUUUGCGCCUUGUAUGAGGCGAGACGCGAGGAUAGCGCGUGCAAUAGCGGCGUCGGCAAGACGAGAAAGGGAUACAGCGUGUUGCAUACGAAACGAUGAUUCUGGUUGCGUGCAAUCUUCCAAAGCUGAUUGCUCGGACACAAUAUCAACAUGGAAGAAGUGGUCAUCAGGAGAAUCUGGGCCCGGAGGUCGAAUAUCGGGGUCUGUUUGUGGUUUAGAUCCAAAGUUUUGUGAAGCACCACGUUCAAUAGCACCACACGAGUGGCCAGACGAUAUUACAAAGUGGCCGAUUUGUCGCAAGUCCGUGGUAGAUGGGACGACACCUGUAGGACGAGCGGGUCACGCAGCCGAGCACAUGGCUUGCGAAGUCAUCGCUCAUCCUUGUUGCAUCGGAAUCCAUGGACAAUGCGUCAUCACCACAAGUGAACAUUGUGACUUUGUCAAAGGCUAUUUCCACGAAGAAGCUUCGUUGUGUUCACAGGUUUCGUGUCUUGACGACGUGUGUGGGAUGUUACCAUUUAUGAGGAGACGUCGACCAGACCAGCUGUAUCGUGCAUGGACUUCAUUGUUUGUGCACGCUGGCUUAUUGCAUCUAGCUGCUACACUUGCUAUCCAAUGGCUCUUUAUGAGAGAUCUAGAGAAAAUGGCUGGACCUGUAAGAAUAGCGGUAGUGUACUUAGGUAGCGGGGUCGCUGGAAAUAUGGCGUCGGCUAUAUUUGAACCUUAUCGAGCAGAGGUGGGCCCAGCAGGGUCGCAUUUUGGGCUCCUUGCGUGCUUAAUAGUGGAAGUGGCAGCAGCGUGGCCAUUGCUAAAGCAUCCUCAACGUGCUAUGAUGAAACUAAUUGGGCUUGCAUUUGCACUCUUUCUCCUCGGCUUGUUACCUUGGAUAGACAAUUUUGCGCACUUCUUCGGUUUUGUUUUCGGGUUUCUCCUGUCGUGCGCAUUACUUCCGUUCAUAACAUUCGGUCCGUACGAUAGGCGGAAGAAGAUCAUUUUAGUUUGGGUAUGUCUAAUAUCUGCGGCGGGUAUGCUGUGCUCGUUGAUUGCUCUAUUUUACGCAGCGCCGGCGUACGAAUGUAAGCUGUGUGCUUACUUGACGUGUUUACCGUUCGCCCCGGACAUGUGUGCGUCACAAGACGUACGCGUGCGGCAGCUGGAUGGCGUAUGA